CUCCCUCUCCUCUGUUCGCCAUACAAAUAAUUGGAACAUCACUUCAAGCACACAAAACCAAAUCAGAGUUAGAAAAUGAGUAACCAAACAGUAGUAUAAUAAUUUUAAAGCGUAUUUCUGUAUCACACGUGGUUGCUCCUUCUUUACCCAGUCAGCGCAUGGGUGAUGUGACUCGUGUUUUAUUGGAUAAUUUUUGUUUUGGCUGAUGAAACAUCCGCCGUACGAACGCCCCGCGAGUGGUCACAUGAGCCCUGAUACUAGUGAGCACAAUUACUGCAAGGUGUGUUGAGUAUUGCACUGGCAAACCCCCGAAAGAAACCCCGCUAUAAUAAAUACUUACCUUUAGAGCAAUAACACAGAAAAAAGGAACAAACAUGAGUGACACACUGAACCGGCUGCCGAUUGUGGAUCCCACGGUCAGGAUCGUACCGACGAAGGAAUUGCGCAAGUUCAUCGGCACCAAACUGUCGGUGGCAUCGCCAUCAACACCCGCAGCCGUGCGGGACAUCCACAGCACAUUCAAUCCCGGCAAGCGGGCCACAAAAACAGUCAACCAACCGGGCAGCAGCUCCCCGGGCAAUGAGGCGCAAACGGGGUCGAGUAUUGAUUUUACCGAGCAGGAGCAAACCAUCAUCGGUCACAUGGUGGCGGCAUCACUGAAGGAACAGGGGCCCGAGUUCGGAACGGUCGAGCUGCUGGCAGCGGAAGACGACGAAACGGUGCAGCCGAACAAGGGCAACAUCACGCUGAACCUAGCCGAUCUGAAGUGGUUGUACGGGGCGAUGCGCGAUCUGCGCCAAACCGACCCGACCGUACCGUACCUGCACGCGCUGCUGGCCGGGUGCCGGCUAAAGCUGCCCGAAAAUCCGAUCUGCGAGCGCAACCCCGAGCUGGAGGCACGCUGCCAGCGGCUGCGCAAGGAGCAGGAGGACCGGGAGUAUCAUCGGAUGACGAAGAACGUGGACAGCAUCCGCAAGCACAUGCCGGAGGAAACGAUAAGCUAUCAGAUGAAACAAAUCAACCGGCACCUGAUAGCGGUCGCCCAAUUUCUAUUUUCCGUUGCGGCUGGGUUCGCGUUUGGCUUCAUCGGGAUCGAGCUGCUCAUCGGGCAGCUAGAUUUUGGCUUCCGCCUGCUGCUGGGCAUCAUCAUUGCGCUCAUCAUCGCGCUGGCCGAAAUUUACUUCCUCGCGAAGAAGCUGAACGAGGAGUACGAGCUACCACCGCCGCCCGCCCGUAUCACGAAGGAAGGUCCCGCCACCACCCCGAACGGGCCGCGAUUAACCGGCAAACAGCACCAGGAAUGAAGUGUGUUCGUGUGCGCGCGCGUGUGUGUGAUAGUUGUUUAUUGGAAAACAAAUAUUGAUAAAAAAUGCAUAUUCACCCCACACA